UUCAUCAUCUUUUCUCACAAUCAUAGAAAGAAGAACAUCAAAGGGGCAAAGGGCAAAAUGCUGAACAAAAAUGUUUUCACAUUUUUGGCAAUAUUUUUGGUCUUGCCCCUUAGUUUUUUCUCCAGUGCAAAUGCCAAUAAACCCUUGAGGAGACAUCUUUUGAGCCAUGAAUCAGAGAGUUAUGCAGUUAUAUUUGAUGCUGGAAGUACUGGUAGCAGAGUUCAUGUCUUUCGUUUCAAUGAAAAUUUGGAACUUCUUCCUAUCGGAAAGAAUAUUGAGUUUUACCUAGCGACAAAUCCAGGUCUAAGUUCAUAUGCAGAUGAUCCUAAGGCUGCAGCCAACUCCUUAGAACCACUUCUAGAGGGAGCUGAAGGUGCUGUUCCUAAAGAGCUGCAAUCCGAAACUCCCCUCGAACUAGGGGCAACAGCAGGUUUGAGGAUGUUAAAAGGGGAUGCAGCAGAAAAGAUUUUACAAGCGGUGAGAGAUUUAGUCAAAAAUGAAAGCACCUUCCACACAAAAGAUCAAUGGAUCAGUAUUCUUGAUGGCACUCAAGAGGGCUCUUACAUGUGGGUUGCAAUUAAUUAUCUAUUGGGAAAUUUGGGUAAAAACUAUAGAAGUACCACUGCAACAAUUGACCUUGGAGGUGGAUCAGUCCAAAUGGCAUAUGCCAUUUCAAAGGAACAGUUUGCAAAUGCUCCUCAAAAUAUUGAUGGAGAACCCUACGUUCAAGAAAAACAUCUUAUGUCAACAGAUUAUAACCUCUACGUACACAGUUAUUUGAACUACGGACAACUUGCUGGUCGUGCUGAGAUAUUCAAGGCUUCAAGAAACUAUAGUAAUCCUUGCGCUUUGGAAGGAUAUGAUGGGUACUACUCAUAUGGAGGAGUGGACUACAAAGUAAAAGCUCCACCAAGUGGUACUAGCUUGAAAAAAUGUAGAGCAUUAACUAGGAAGGCACUUAAAAUUAGAGCACCAUGCAAUUACAAGAACUGCACCUUCAAUGGAGUUUGGAAUGGUGGAGGUGGUGCUGGAACCAAGACUGUGCAUGCUUCAUCAUUUUUCUAUGAUAUAGGUGCUCAGGACUAAAUCCAUACAAAGACAUUACAGUGAUGCAUGAUGUCAAAUA